AUGUUUAGCUCAAAACAAUAUCUAAACUCUUUCGGUUGGCAAGAGGGGAAUGCCUUAAAAGAAGGUGGUCUCCUCAAACCUGUUUUGACGUCUAGAAAAUAUGAUACUCGUGGUUUGGGUACGAAGCAUGAUUACGCCGAUCAAUGGUGGGAUAAUGUCUUUUCUUCACAGUUGAAUUCUAUCCAAGUAAACACUGGAAAAGGCAAUGUUGAAUUGGAAACACAGGGGGCAUCUACUAAGCUUGCAAUGGCAAAAUACCACAGUAAGUAUUCCGCCUUGUCGACUGUAUUUCGAUACGCAGGAUGUCUUUCCGGAACAAUUGAAGAACAAAAAGAGAAAGAGAAAAUGAAGAAUGAUACCAACGCAUUGUCAAAAGAACGAAUUAAAGACAAGCACUCCAAGAAAAAGUCUUCUCGGAAAGCGAAGUCUGAAUCUGACGAGCGGAAAUCUAAAGACAAGAAGCAUAAAAGGAAGAGAAAAGAUUCUGACGAGUUGUCAUCAUCCAAAAAGCGUAAGAAGGAAAAAUCAUCUCAUUCUAAGAAGGAUCGGAAGAAAGAAAAAAAACCGACUAAGAAGUCGAAAGGGAAAGAUUCAGAAGCUCGCAGGAAAAGAAAGCUAAAAGACGCCUAA